GUAUAAGAGGCGUGGUGCUGUAUCACUUGCUCUUCUCUUGCUGGACACGGACACUGCAGCAUCACACUCUGAGGCAGCCGGGUACCCAGGGGCUCUGCACACCUGACAGGAUGUCUAACUACUUGUAUGACACGUAUGAGGAGAAGAUCCGACCAUGUAUUGAUCUCAUUGACUCGCUGAGGUCCCUGGGGGUGGAGAAGGACCUGGCGCUACCAGCAAUUGCGGUCAUCGGUGACCAGAGUUCAGGGAAAAGUUCUGUUCUGGAGGCUCUGUCUGGAGUCACCCUCCCCCGAGGCAGCGGCAUUGUCACCCGAUGUCCCCUAGAGCUUAAACUUGUGAAAGGUAAAGAGGAUUCAGAAUGGAAGGGAAAAAUCAGCUAUAUGACAAUCAGCCAAGAACUGGAAAAUCCCAAGGAGGUGGAGAAGGAAAUCAUGAAAGCUCAGGAUGCGAUGGCUGGACCAGGUGUCGGCAUCAGCUCUGAUCUUAUAAGCCUUGAGGUGAUCUCUCCCGAGGUUCCCGACCUGACGCUCAUUGAUCUCCCUGGAAUUGCAAGAGUGGCAGUUGGGAACCAGCCGAAAGACAUUGGAGACAAGAUCAAAAGGCUCAUCAGAAAGUACAUUGAGAAACAGGAAACCAUCUGCUUGGUGGUGGUACCGUGUAAUGUUGACAUUGCAACAACUGAAGCCCUGGACAUGGCACGUGAGGUGGAUCCAAAUGGGGAGAGAACUGUGGGAAUUCUAACGAAACCUGAUUUAAUUGAUAAAGGCACAGAGGAAACUAUAGUUAAUAUAGUAAAUAAUAACAUUAUCCACCUAAAGAAAGGUUACAUGAUAGUGAAAUGUAGAGGACAGCAGGAGAUCCAGGAAAAGCUUUCACUGAAAGAAGCCAUCGAGAAGGAGAAGAUUUUUUUUGAAGAUCAUGAAUAUUUUUCGGAUCUUCUGAGUGAAGAAAAGGCCACUGUCCCAUUCCUAGCACGACGACUGACAACGGAACUCGUGGAACACAUCAAUAAAUCGCUUCCGACUCUGGAGGAGCAGAUAAAAGACAAACUUCAGAGCACAAGGGAUGAGCUGGAGAAGUGCGGAAAAGGUGUUCCCGAGAACGAGGGCGACAAACUCGCCUUCCUGGUGGAGAAAAUUCAGCAGUUUAACCAGGAGAUAGCCCAGGUCACACAAGGCGAGGAAUUCCUACCGUCAAGAAAAAACCCUAAACUUUUUGCAAAGGUUCGAACGUUCUUCAAUACUUGGCAGGAGGAACUGGACCAGUCCAUCAUGCGAUUUAAUACGGCGCUAAGAGACGAAGUUGAUGAAUAUGAGAAGGUGCACCGUGGGAGGGAACUUCCCGGGUUUAUUAAUUAUAAGACGUUUGAAGCAAUCGUUAAAGAUAAAAUUGGUAAAAUGGAAGAUCCCGCCAGGGGAGUGCUGAAAGCUGUGAUGGGCACUGUACAAAAAGCUUUCAGUGACAUUGCAGACGCACACUUUCAGAACUUCGGUAAUCUCUGCAGAUUUACUAAGAAAAAAAUAGAAAAUAUACGUCAAACCCAAGAAGAAUUUGCGGACAAUCUCAUCAGGACUCAGUUCUUGAUGGAACAGAUGGUCUACUCUCAAGACAAAUGUUACAGGAAUGACUUAGAGACCAUCUGCCGUAAUUUGGUGCAAAUCCAAUCUCUAAAUCAACAUAAAAUUCCGACUCCACAGCCUGUAGACCUUUUACAGUGCUCUGUCAAAGAAAUGGCCCAGCAUAUAGAGGCUUAUUUUAAAGGAGCAACCGACCGCCUCUCCAAUCAGAUCCCCCUGAUCAUCCAGUUUUACAUCUUACAAGAAAACGGGAAACGGCUGCAGACGGAGAUGCUGCAGCUUCUGCAGGACAGAGCCCAGCACGAUGAACUCCUGAAGGAGAGCAAAGAUCUCACCAGCACCAGGAAUUUCCAGAAGCAAAGGAUUCUCCGAUUGUCCGAGGCACUUAAUCGCCUGCUCUGUUUCCCAGGCUAACGAAUGCUCAUCCGUCUCCUUGUUUAAAGUGUCCAAUAACAGAUCAUGUUGGCUUCUAGUUUUUGUGUUUUAAAUGAUCAUUAAACAGCAAAUUAUUUUACCUCCCGGGUUUUCCUAGAUAGUAGAUAUAGGUGGUGGCCUCGUGGAGUUUACACAGUUAUCUGCUUGCUGGCUCUUCAUCCAUCUAUAAGGGCAGAGUCCACAAGACGCAUAGGUUCAUGUUAUAUAUACGCAGGUGGUUGCGGCACUUGUCCAAUUUGGUGCAGAUGUCACUGAAACCUAAUAGGAUUUUGAGUUCUCUUGUUCUCUCUGAUGUUCUCGACUGUCUGUCAGACUCAUAGCUCCUCUGUGUUUGUUAAACAUGUUUUUGUUCUGUGGUUAAAAUUGUCCUACAUAGCAAAUAUAAAAGCCUCAACGUUAGCGUCAUAUUUUGACCAGGUUCUUUAUUAUCUGUGGCACUGAGAUACAUAAAAAUGAUGAUACACUGUACAUUGUAGAACAACAGGCUACAGAGUCAAUGUGGUUUUCCCUAAUAAACAAGGUUCAGACAA